UGGCGUUUACUUUCUGUCACGUCGCUCAAGAGGCACCUAGCCUACGGGAACAAGCAUAUCAUGUUGGCGGCUGAUGGAAGCAAAUCAAAUUUGCAUAUUGAGCUGCAUUUAAUCAUUCGGCAUCAGCAUCAUAUGAUACGCGGCAUUGCUUUUUUUCUUCAACGACCUCCUUGUCGCCUGGAGGAGAUGUUUUGUUCCGAGACACCAGUAGUAAUGGUGGAUAUGUGAACAUAGAGAGUACAUUGAAAAUCAAGCUUGUCUCCACCCCGAAGAAUUCGUAAUAUCCGGUAUGGACAUUUCCCAAGGUUAUCCAAUACUAGGUUAGGGGUGUUCGCAAGGCUUUCAUCAACUACGCAUUUAUAACGGAAUCUGCCAUGGCGACCAUCGACUCCCUGAGGCAGAGUCUUCAGCAGAAAGCCACCGAAGCAGCAUCGUCGUCGAAACAGCCGUUGCCCGACGCACUGAGAAGCGCUGGCGCCGACAUCCUGCGGCAUGGUUCAGCAUGGACGACAAUUCAAGAAUUUAUCGUCCCACAACUGCUUAAGCUCUCAUCGCCUAUCCUGAGACAUAGGCGUGAUGUAAGGGUGCUCGAAAUUAAUCCUGGCCCGAAGAGUGUACUGGGAUUCUUGCCCCGCCAUUGGAGGCGCGGCAUUGCUGCAUACUCUGCAUAUGAGCCGAAUGCUUUGUUUGCCACGCAGCUUGAAGAAUGGCUUCGCCCUGCUUCCGAGAUGGAAUCCCCAAUGCCCGGCUUGAUGUUCCCGCCGAGAGUCUUUCGAGUGCCGUUCGAUAUGGACUGUAUCAAGCAGUACGGGGAGGACCUUAUGGGUCACUUUGACAUCAUCUUAUUCGGCCACGGAAUAUAUAAUAUGAACCCUAGGAGAGAGUACAUCGAGGGAGCACUUAGAAUGCUUAAGUGCGAUUCGGGACCAACAUUACUAGUGGUUAUCCAUCAUGACGAAAUCCUACAUUUUGAUGGAUUGGUAUGUCAUCGAACCGACUUUUUCCCUAACGGGUCCAUUGGCGUAGAAAACAACGACGAGGUACUAGACUCCUUUUCCGCUUUCGUCGCAGGAUUUACCAUGCUGGAAGCGGAUGUGGACGUGCCUAUCCGAGCCGGGUGGCGCGAACUGUGUCGCACGUUGGGCCGACGUGAGGACGCCUACCCAAAUCGACUCUGUUUCAGCUCGCCUUACAUGAUGGUGACAUUUACCCGGCAUGCAACCGGAUUGUGUGACUUAAUAAAGCAUGUACCGUUGCUGAGUGAGGACUCGAUGGUUCGAAGCCGGGAGGGCCGCACCCACCGCCCCGCCGGGAUCGUUAGGCCGGAGGAUAAUGAACAGGUUGGGCACUGCAUUAGAUGGGCUCUGAAACAUGAGACCGGCCUUACCAUCAUCGGCGGGGGCCAUAGCGGACAUUCCAUCUGGCCUAAUGUUGUUGCGGUCGACAUGAGUCAUUGUGGAGUAGAAAUUUAUAAAGACUCGGAUAGAAAAGAAGUCUUUGCCGGCACAGGCUGUACGACCGGAGACAUUAUAGGCAAAGCCAUGGCGGCGGGCUUGACGGUACCCUUAGGGACUCGCCCAGGCGUGGGAGCGGGGUCGUGGCUACAAGGCGGAAUUGGAUAUAUGGCUAGGACACACGGGCUUGCGUGUGAUGCCAUCGUCGGCGCAACAAUAGUCAGCCUCGAUUCUGGCCAGGUUCUCCACGUAGGCAAAAUGCCAAAUCAAGAAAAGAUAUUAGACGCAAAACACACCAAAAUUGAUGCUGAUCUAUUAUGGGCGUUAAAAGGGGGCGGGACUAACUUUGGUAUCGUAAGCGACGUUGUUUUCGAGGCUUACACAGCCCCGACCUAUGAGGUUCGCAACUGGGCCGUCCCCAUGGGCGAUCGUAGCGAGGUACGGCUCAAGCUCGCUGAUUUCGAUGAUAUUGCGAAGAAGCUCCCACGUAACUCCUCUAUAAGCGGAUAUCUAUACUGGGAGGCCGACGAGAUGCAUCUAGGCGUAGCCAUGUUCAGAUCCCGUGAGGGUAAAUCUGCCCUUGAGACAACUAUUUCUAUAGAUGCCGCUUUGGGGAUGGCGCAAGAUAUCAAGACUGUGGAUGGCGGCGAGUUGUUCAAGACUGAGAUGUAUAUGUCUGGGAAAUAUGGAGGGCAAGGGGAAGGCCGCACUUCAUCGUUCAAGAGAUGUGUAUUCUUAAAGCAUAUUGGCGACGCGGAAAUCACCGACGUACUAGUAGCAGCCGUCAAAACUCGUCCGUCGCCAUUAUGCUACAUCCAUCUGAUUCAAGGUGGAGGGGCGGUCAGCGACGUGGCAGCUGAUGCCACUGCUUUCGGCUGUCGGGACUGGGAUUUCGCAUGUGUGAUUACAGGUGUCUGGCCUUGUAAUGAAGGGAGAACCCAGAUGGCUAGUCAAGCGGCCACGCAAUGGGUCUAUGAUGUCGCCAGGGACUUGUUGCCGUUAAGUCGCGGGGCAUACGGCGCCGAUCUUGGACCGGACCCUCGAGACGCUGCGCUAGCAGCCAGAGCUUUUGGACCAAACCUCCGUCGUCUAACUCGCCUCAAACGUAGAUUUGACCCCGGAAAUGUGCUAGCAUACGCCUGCCCACUGAAAGAACCUGUUACACACAAGCUCAUUAUUCUUGUUACAGGCGAGAGCUGCACCGGUAAAGAUUAUUGCGCCCAAUUCUGGGCCUCAUUUUUCAUCGCAUGCACCAAAGAAAACCUCACAGCUCAUGUAGUCAGCAUAAGCGAUGAUACUAAGCGAGAAUAUGCGUCAGCUACCGGAGCCGACCUAGAUCGCUUACUUAGGGACCGCGCCUACAAGGAGCAACACCGGCCAGCUUUGACAGCCUUUUUCCAGGAUCAGGUACGACGAAGACCUCGGCUGCCGGAAGAACAUUUUCUGAAUGCGGUGGGUAGAGCCGGGGAUGCGGAUGUGUUACUAAUUACCGGAAUGAGAGACGAAGCGCCGGUACCGAGUUUCUGGCCUUUAGUUCCAGAUCGGAAACUACUCGAGGUUCGCGUGAUUGCUGAACCGAACCCAUGGCAGGGCAGCCGAAGAUUCCACGACAAGGAUGACGAUAGUGAAAACAGAAGCAAUGGUGGGUCAAAUUUGACGGCCUUAGACUACCGACCCAGUUUUGUCUUCAAUAACAAUAUUACCGGACCUGAUGGGGAGGAUCGAAUGGAAAUGUUUGCCCAAAAUCAUCUACUUCCAUUCUUCCACGACGACUUGCAGCAACUAGCUGAUAUGGUACCCUUCGUGCCUGACUUUCCACGUCCCGGCAUCAAUUUCCGCCACGUACUCAACAUCGCUCAGCAUCCGGGUGGACUGGCGCUGUGUACAUCUUUGCUGAGAGGCGGCUUCUUUUAUCAAUGGACUAUAUCCAUUGACUGGACCAAAGUCGGUGACUGGACCAGAGUCGGUGCGCUGGUGAGUUGCGAGACCGGGGGUUUCGUCUUUGCAUCGGCGUUGGCCGCACGGCUCAAAUUACCCCUAGUGCUGGUUCGCAAAGCUGGUAAGCUUCCCUCACCUACUGUUUCCGUAACGAAGUCUUCCUCGCAUAUUUCAUCUCCGGGAUCCAACGAAUCAAAGGAGGAGCAGAUUGAGAUAGACCGGGAUGCGAUUCCCCGAGACACAACAGUGGUGGUAGUAGACGAUGUGCUUGCCACGGGGAAGACGCUCUGUGCGGUUUUUCAGCUAUUAAUUGAAGCUGGAGUUGGCGCUAAAAAUAUCGGUGCCAUGGCCGUAGCCGAGUUCCCUGUUCACCGAGGAAGAGAGAUGUUAUACCGGCGUGGUUUUGGCGGAAUCAGCAUCCAAAGCCUCUUGAUCUAUGGGGGUGCUUAGGAG